CCCAGAACUCCUCGCCUGUUGGAGCAGAGCAGCGCAGCGCAGCGCGGAGCAUGGUGCCGCCGAACCCGACAGACACCGUGUGGGACUGAACUGUUCCCCCGUCGUUUCAUUUCUCAGGAGGAAUCCUCCGGAACCACCAGAACCUCUGCUCCACGACCCGCAGACCGGAUCUAAAUGACAAGCAGAGCCAUCCAGUGAUGGAGAGCAAGGCUUUACUUCGCUGUAAGAUCGUGGUGGUCGGGGACUCUCAGUGCGGGAAGACGGCUCUCCUUCAUGUUUUUGCCAAAGACUCGUAUCCAGAGAACUAUGUUCCCACCGUGUUUGAGAACUACACAGCCAGCUUUGAAAUYGACAAGCAGAGGAUUGAGCUGAACAUGUGGGACACUUCAGGUUCGGCCUACUAUGACAACGUCCGGCCGUUGGCGUAUCCCGACUCGGACGCUGUGCUCAUCUGCUUUGACAUCAGCCGUCCGGAAACCCUGGACAGCGUGGUGAAAAAGUGGCAAGGCGAGAGGCAGGAGUUCUGCCCGAAUGCCAAAGUGGUCCUGGUCGGCUGCAAGCUGGACAUGAGGACGGACGUCAGCGUCAUGAGAGAGCUCUCCAAACACAGACUGAUUCCCGUUACCCACGAACAGGGGACCAAUCUGGCGCGGCAGAUCGGCGCUGUGGCUUACACCGAGUGCACCUCGAAGUUCUCCGAGAACAGCGUCCGCGACGUCUUCCACGUCACCACGCUGGCCUCCGUGUUCAACAUUCAUCGGCCGCAGGUCAAACGCGCGACAACGCGUCGCACCCACAAGCGGAUCUCGCAGCAGCCGCCUCGGACUGAGAUUCACGAACAUCCGCCCGCCAUCAGGAAGGACCGGGCGAAAAGCUGCGUGCUCAUGUAGCGUCUGCUGAUGAGCUCCACUGCACAUAAACUUUUAUAAUUUAUCUGUGAAUUCCUGUCACAUUUUUUGCACUGUAACAAGAACAAUAUGGCAAAAAAGAAAAUAAAUGGAGCUCUGAGUGAUUUUUUUAUUUUUUGUGGUUAAUAUUCUGCAUAGCUCUGCUUGUUAUUUUUCUUUUUGGCUGUGCUAUUCAUCCCGGGCAGGCCAGUGAUGUGGCUGAAGCUAUUUUUUUUUAAAGCUUUUACAAGAAAUAAUAAUAAAAAAAGGACAGGAACUGUUUGGUUUAAAAACAAAUUGCAGCAAAGUGAGUGGGGAAGAACUGAAGAAUAAAUAGUUUCGUAUUUUAAAUCCUGUUUUUGUCUUCAUGUUCCAGGAAAUGAAGCACAAAAGAGCUCUGAGAAAUCUGUAAAUACUGAAGAAUGACGUUUUCUUUCAAACUGAAAUAAAACAAACCUAAAAACAACCUCAUGGGCUAAUAAAACACUAAUYUUCUUAAACCACAAGUGCUUUAAUAUGGAAAGAAAAUUGCUCAUUAUAUAACCUGAGAUGUUGUGCAUUUACUUUUGUUCUGGGUGGAGAAGUCUAGAAAGGAUUUAUGAGGAUGCAUAUUAUGUUGUUCAUGCAGCUUUGAAAUAAAAAAAAUGGAUCUG